UCUUGUGUGAUAAACGUUAUCAGUUAUCACAUUUUUACCAUGAUCAAUAUCAGUAUCGUAAUCUAAAUUGUGAUAUCAUCGUUAGCCGUUCGGCACUUUUACGUUUGACCGUGUGUCCGUGUACAUCUCUUCAUUUCUCUUUGCGCGCGCAGUGCCGCCGGCCCUGUGGACUUCGCCUGUACUUUUCUGAUGUAAGACGAUUGUACUCGAGGAGCGUCUCGCAAACGCCCUACCAACAGCUGAACACGGCAAUCGCGUUCGGAGCUUGUCAACGUCGGUUUCCAGUGUGGAACCAUGGCCAACUCUGUGCGCAAGAUUUGCACGAAAAUCGGAAACGGCCAUCAGUACUUGUUGGGCACAGCCAAAACGUCAGCGUACGGUUGUCACGUCGUGUCGGACACCGUUCAACAGCACUUGGUUAGACCACAGGUCGAAACAAUGUGCAAGAUCAAUUAUGCCGAAAAUUUGUUCCGUCAGUCACAGCCGUUGCUCGAUUACAUUGUUCGACCUGUAAAAAACCAACAAUCCGCAGAAGCGGCCGUUGAGUGGCUCAACUCUGGGUUUAGCAGACGUGCAAACCCCAGAAAUGGCGUUUAUCACAGCACCGCGUUAAAACAAGACAAUUCUACCAAGUCUGACGAAAAAAUCAGCACACCAGAUUCUAAAGGACUUCCUAGUCAAGAACAGCUAGAUCUUGUUUGUGAUAGGUUGGCAGAAGAUUUACCAUUAAUGUUCAGACAAAAUUUAGAUUAUGCAUUAUACCAUCCCAAAUUAGUAUUUGAGAAUAAUAUUAGAGGAACUAAGAGUGUAGGCUUAGAAUAUUUUAUGUCAACAAUUUCUAUAUUACGUUUGAUGGGCCAUUUAAAAUAUGCUUUUGUAAAAUUUGAUAUUUUAAAAAUAACUAAACAUCCAGAAGAUGGAACGAUUAAAAUGCGUUGGAGAAUCAAAGGUAUAUCAGGAAUGAAAGUAUUCUUGAAGUUUUGGAAAUUCAGACUAUGGAACUUGGAACAAGUCAUAAAAGAAAAUGUAGAAUCAUGGCAUGAUGGUUUUUCAAUAUUCUAUUUAGGAUCUGAUGGUUUGGUUCAUAAGCUUACUGCAGACAAAAUGCAACCAUUUAACGACCCAGUAAUAGAGGAUAAAAAUCCACUAGCAACGAAAUUGGCUCUCUUUUUAGGACUAUCACCGCAGUUGGGUAAUUUGGAUUGCUUAGUUUCAUUUGACUCUGAACAGACAAAUGAAUUACUGAAGAUGGUUAUUAUGUCUCUAGAAGAUGUCGUUUAAUAUUAAAGACACAACAUUCAAAAAUACUUCGUGCCCUGUUAAAAAAUAUUCAUUAUUUUUAUACCGUUAAAACCUUUGUUAAAUAAUAUUCAUGUGGCCGUUGUAUAUUUGUUGUUUUGUUAAUUUAUGAAGAAAUGUUUGUUGAUUAUAAAAUAGUUAAACAAGUAGAUGUCAAUUUAACCUAACAUCGUUAAUGUCAUUAUUUGUGAUGAAAACACUAAAUUGCUUAUAGAAUUACAAAAUACCGUAGAUAAGCAUUGCAAUUGA